GGUGCGUGCUGUUAUUCAAUCGAAAUUUGACGUCUCGGAAACGGCAACAACCUAGCCUACCUCGUUUAGCGAACCGCGAUUCUCCGACACUCUUUACCACCGUGAAUCUGCUUUGCCUGCUGGCAGCAGGUAAAGCCGAAAGAGAAGCACACAGACCAUGGCAUCGUUUGGCAGCCUUUCGUCACUGUUCCGAUCGACGUUACAGAAUCCGUGGUGGAUCGUGAAUCCGGCUCGCUCGAAGAACUAUCUGAACCGACCACGGCUGCGGAACCCAGUGUGGUUUGUGAAAAAGACACGCACGCUACACGAUGAACAGUUUACCCAGGAAAAUAGCGCGUUCUUGGGUGAGGUGCGCAGAGAAACGGUGCAAGCGGCGGCCGAUCGAAACCAGGCGAACCUGUUGCAGCUGCGAACUGGCGGCGAGGAGGCUGGCCCGGUUGCUGAGUGGGCGCCCGGUCUGAAGCGGACCGGUGUGAUCGCAAAGAAGAUCGGCCAGUACCCGCUGUGGACGCGCAACGGCACCAAAAUCCGCACGACGCUACUGCAGAUUGUGGAGAACGAGGUGGUCAAGUAUAUUCCGCCCGAGGAGUACCGGCCAGCGCAGGAGCCGCGUCAGCGACGCAACUGGCGCAGACCGUAUGGGUGCUUGCUGGUCGGGGCGGAGAAUGGUGAUCCAUCACUGUUCACGAAGGAGUACGCUGGCCUGUUCCAGCACACGGGGGUCCUGCCCAAACAACACCUGUGCCGGUUUCUGGUGUCACCCGAGGCGCAGCUUCCGCCCGGUACCGCACUCACCGUCGAUCAUUUCCGGGUCGGUGACUAUGUGGACGUGCGUGGCAAGACGGUAGACCGUGGCUUUCAGGGCGUGGUGAAGCGACACGGCUUCAAAGGCAUGCCGAAGACGCACGGUGUCACGAAAACACACCGACGCCCGGGCAACAUUGGGGCCGGUGGACAGAAGGCCCGGGUCUGGCCGGGCACCAAGAUGCCCGGUCACAUGGGCAAUCGGUGGCGGGUGUUGCGCGGAUUGCAGGUCCUGCGAAUCAACCGUCAGUACAAUGUGAUGUGGGUGCGGAGCAGCAACAUUGCCGGUAGCACCAAUGGGCUUGUGUACGUGUACGAUACGGUGCUGCCGCUGCGCAAGCACGGCGCCAAACGAGGCCCAUCCGGUCAACCACCGUUCCCGACCGCACUUAGCCCACCAGCGCCCACGGAGGAGGCAGAAGUGUGGCACGACCAGUUGCACGACUUUCGGAGGCUCUCCAUUUCUUUCGGGUCCGGCGAUUAGCUUCACUGUGUAAACGCGCUAAACUCGAUUAGGCAUUUCCUUUAUUUUUCUUUCGAUCUUAACUGUACCUAUAGUCUGCCUUUGUGCUAUUUCCUUAAGUGUCCCAGCGAGUGCUGGUAGUUUAGCAGACAAUUCAACUCGUUAGCUGGCCUACAAUAAAGUGUUCGGCGGAAAGAAGAUGCAAACCCUUUUGAUACUUUACGAGUCUUACACUUUGGAUGGUAAUGCAAGGUAAUGGUUUUUCUAUUCAAAGUACUUAUUGCUUGCAAUACUUUUUGUCCAUCUUUCAGGCGAGUUUCGUGCACGAAAGGCGUAACAACCACGGCGAUAGGAUAUGAUUUCUAGUUAGGUGUUUUAAACGCAGUUUUUGUCUCUUCAGGGGAG